AACAAUAGGAUAACGUGACUUUCAGAAAAUAUGUUAAGUCGCCCCUUUAAGGUAUGUCACGUGAGUAGUCUUUAAUCGCACUGUUAAGUUUCUGUUUUUGUUCAUUCGAAUAGCGAAGUGCGUCAGUGUCGCUUUUGUAUUUUCGUAUUUUGUUAUUCGCAGAGAGCGGCCUAGUAAAAAAAUACACUUUGAAUCUCAUAUUUGUGACUUGUGAUCGUUAAAAUGGUUCAGCUUACUUUAAGCCCGUUUAUCAUCGCGAAAAAGACUAAAGACACCGAGGCACUGGUUUCUAAUCAGGAUCCUGAAGUUGCAGUACAUAAAAAUGACAGCUCAACUGGAAGAAGUCUGCUUACGCUGCUUGGACUGGCAUUCAUUUUAGCUGGGCUCAUAGUUGGUGGCGCUUGCAUCUACAGGUACUUCUUACCAAAGUCUGGAGCGUACUUGCCUCAGUCAUACCUGGUGCAUGAAGAAAUGGUGGUAACUGAAGAAAUUGAUGAUGUAUUUGAACUGGGAGUUUUCAUCAAUCAGCUGUGUGGACGCAGGAAAACCUACAAACUACAACGCAGAGACCAGAUAAUAGGGCUGCAGAAGCGCUCUGUUGAGAAGUGUGUUAAGAUCCGGCAUUUUGAAAAUGUGUAUGUCACUGAAACAAAGAUAUGCACACCAUGAAGGUGCCGUUCUACACAAGAUGUAAUACCCCAACUUUCACCUUUAACAUAAUAACCUGGUUUAAGAAAUGUUUCAGGAUGCUUUAGUCUUUCCUUGCUUAUGUGACGUAUUUAAGUGACAUCAUUUUGACUAAUUAAAGCCUUUUAACCAGCAUAAUGUUAGUGUUUGCAGAGGUUACUCUGAGUGAUUUUUGUGUACUGCAAAACAUGACAUCUCAUGUUUAAAUAUUUACUGUUUGUGUCAUACUUCAGGGACUAGCAAAUGAAGAGCUUGGAGGGUAACAUUGCAGAACCUUUUUUUUUUUCUUUGUAGAAGUUUUCUUAAGACCGUACAUAAAGUUUGGGUUUUGCAGGGCAUGGUAUGGAAUACUACUGAAAUCUAAGUUUUGCUGGUGACUGAAUUGCUUUAGUUUUGUUGGAAGUAAAAAGUGAGCUAAAUACAGCUUUGUGCAAAAUGAGAUUAGUGGUGAUGAGUGUCACUCAGAUUUUUAAGUUUGUAUUGGGGUUUUUACUGUGGUGAAAGCUAUAUAUUUUGUCAGCUGUGAUGCAGGGUGGUUAUGUAUGUGUUGUGACGGUUUCAGAGGUGCAAGAUUUGCUUUUCUAAAAAGUCGCAGUUUUACUAGGGAGAUGUGCAUCAGCAAAUUUUAUUUAUUUUUUUUUUGUUGAUUGGAUGCAUAAUUUCUGCCUAAGAUGCAUCUUUUAACCUAUCAAGUUAGUAAAGCUUGAGAUUCUUUUUUUCCCCUUUAGCAGUAAAAUGCUUGCUUUGGAAUGUGUGGUGUUAUCGGGUCCUGCAGGGACCUCACUGGACUGAAAAAGGAAAGCACCCUAAGUGUUUAUGCACAGUAUGCCUUUAGGGCUUGGUUCGCUCAUGCUUUAUAAGCUGGCACCUCUGUAUGAUAAAUAUAAAUUCAGUGUUUCCAUUUUUUGAGGGAAGAGAGGAUGCAAAUCAGGGAAGUGUUUAGAUGUCCUUCUAUUCACUUGCUGCAGUGUUCACUUGAGGGAUAUCCCUGCCAGAUGGCACCCUGUCUACCAGUAUACAAAAGGCUUACCACACUGUAGAGUAUGUGGUACGUCUGGUGUAGGCUGCAGUCAUACGUGGGCAUAAAAUGGAUAUAUGCAUGUACCAUCCUCAGAACUUUUCCGCCCCCAGUCAGAAAGCCAGCUACCAAACUUAGGUCUUUUAGUUUCCAGCAUUUUCAUCAUUUUUUCAGGUGCCCCAUAGGGGAUUUUUUUUCUUUGUUUCUUUUAGUCAUCCGGGAAGGACAAGUGCCAGUGUGGAAGGCAAAUUCCACACAAGGACAGCCAUACCCAGUGUGUUUUCUGCCUAGGCCCCAAUCACAGCCAUAGGUCAUGUAGUAUAUGCCAAUCGUUUGUUUCAAAGACCCUUAGAAGCAGGCUUAUUUCCUUAGCUUUGUAUUUGGAAAACCAGUAGUUAAUUAUUUUAACUAAAAGAAUAGAGGGUGUUCUGAGGUCUGAUACCGAGCCACUGAAGAACAAGGCCAAAAAAGCUGGGCCUGUGCCUUUGCUGCAUCUCUGCCAUCUGACGUCUUUCCAGAAGCACUUAUCCACCCGGUGACAUGUUGGAUCUCUAGCUUGGAGUCACAGGCUGAACACAUUUCUGAGGCCUGCUUGCCUUCAGCCGGGAACCUUUUGCUGGAGGUUGAGCAAACGUCUUGACUUGGAUGUUGAGGGGGAGCCAAGGCUUCAAUGUAUUGAAGAUGUUAGAGGGGUUGAUGGCAGUUGUGCACCUGAAGUCCCGGAGUCUAAGCUGUCCAAUACUAGGCCACCGUAUGGCCCUCCAGUGCUUCAAAAAAGGGUUUCCAGGAAGCAAGAGACUAAACAUUUACUACUAAAGAGACCCCUUGUGAAUGAUAGUCCUUUUCCAAGCCUUCAUGACCCUUAAAUAGGCUUAUACAGUGCUGCCGCCUCCUUCCCCAGGCCCUCAAUUCUCCCAGAAAAAGAUUAGGGGUUUUGAAUCAUCAGAGGUCUUCUGAAGAAGACUCCUUAGACUACUUAACUCUGAUACCCUCUCCUUUAGAAUAUCUGUUUCCUGAAGAGGAGGCUGUAGGUGCAGAGUUCCCUAUGGAAGAAAUUUCCUUGGAGAAAACCAUCUUGAAAAGGGGAACACUUCAAAUGGGUUACCAGCCAAAUAUGUACAAAAAAGGUACUACCAAUUGCUACAAAUGGACUUCCUUAGCUCAUCUACAGUUCCAUCUGUCCUACCAGCAUUUUUGGCUGCAUAUUAACACUGCUUUUCAAAAUCCAAACUAUCAGGCCCCAACCCCCAAGAAGCCUGAAGUCCCAGAGGACUGUAGUUUUCUUUUCCAGUGCCUUGCACCAGACCCAGAAGUUGUCUGAGUUGCUACUGAGAAGCCUUCCAGGGUGCUCACCACUACUUCCCUAUUGCCUUCUCACAAGGAAAGUAGAACCUUGUAAAGACUAGGUAAAAAGAUCUACACAUCAGCAACUUUAGCUUUCAGGGCUAUAAACUACCAGACUCAUGACUAAAUAUUCUCUAGAAUUAUCUGACUAUUGCUGCCAUCUCAGACCUCCCUUAGUCAGAGGGAAAAACCUUAGUUCUGUCUCAGUUGGGAGCCUCUUCUCAAGUGGCCAAACAUUCCAUGAAAUACAGCUUUGAUGCUGCUGAGGCCUCUAUUAGGGCAGCUACAACAGGGUCUGCUUAGAUUUUCCUGGCUCAGACUUUAUCCUCUUCAGGAUGAUUUAAAAUCCAAACUCCUAGAUUCCCUUCUAGAUAAUUCUCAUCUGUGUGGCCCUGCUGCUGCAUCAUUCAAGUCCCUGCAAGAAAAGUCCAAUGACCUUAAGUAGUUAAAACGCCUAGUUUCACCAGUGCCAAGGUUCCAUAGGAACUUUCCUUCAAAGCCUUUCUCUGUCCAUAGCCGUUCCCAGCACCAGAACAGUAAGUCGUCCAGGGGAGGAAGGAGACACCAGAGGGUCAGGGGUCCUCAGAACCCUCAACAGAAGCAGCCCUUUACUGACACUGCUUGGGAGUAUGUGACUAUCCUGCCUCUGUCUCCCUCCCACCGCUCAAAAUUCUCUCUGGCAUGGGAAGGCAUUACCUAGAACAGCUGGGUCCUUUCCAUCAUAAACAAAUAUUUUAUGGCCUGGCAAUCCACUCCCACCUUUUGGGUGUCCUUCAAACACCCUCCCCGAGACCAGGUACAUCUCUUCCCUGACCUCCUUUCAGAUUUGUGCUUACAGGGCUUCAUUCAAAAAGUCCCUGCCAGUUCCAAGGGAAAUGGAUUAUUUUCUAGGAUGUUCCUGGUGCCUAAAAAGGACGGCCACUGGAGGUCAGUUUGGGAAUUAUCCGCUUGUCCCACUUCAACACAUUCUUAAAGGUCCCUUCCUUCAGAAUGCUUGCUCUCCAGACCCUUUUCUCUCCUCCCCUUCCUCAGGGUUUCAUCUGCAUUUUUUUGUGGGUUCCUGACGUUUUCAAUUCUCUGCAUUGCCCUUUGGCCUCUACAGCUCCCAAGAGAGUUUUCACCAAAUGCUUAGCACCAACCAUUGCAGGCUACUAGGAAUCCAGA